AUGAAACCACCUGACUGCAGUGAAGAACGUGAUUCACAGAAUAAUAAUAAUUCGGACAUUGAGUGUGUGUCCAUUUCUUCUCAGCAAGAUCCUUCUUCAACUCUUGAUCCGAUCAACCAAAUUCAAGAUCAUGAAGAAGGAAAGAUCCAACCACAAGACGAUAAGACCAUGGCUGCAACAGAAAAUAAGUUUUUUAUCACAGAGCAAGAUUGGAAGAAUUUGCUAGACAAAGUGGCACGAUUGGACGAAGAAAACAAAACAAAACAGCAAGUUAUUGAAGACGAAUCCCGAUUAAGAAAAGAACUUGAAAAAAAGAUCUCGGAACAACUGGAGUCAAAAAUUUCAAAGCUUGAGUCUAAAGUAACCGAGCUUUCCACCUUCUACACUGAACUCAAUGAAAUCAAGGAAAUCAUCAAACCUCCUCAAACCAAGACACAAAACACGUUAAACUCUUCCGUCACUUCAUGGGGAGCAAAUAUUCAUCCAGAGGCAAGAAAAUCCUACUGGAGCAAACUUUCCUUUGAUUUGUAUCAAUGUCCGGAUUACCAAAAUAUGACCAAUGCCAUUCUUAAAAAGAUGAAUGAAUUAGCGUAUGCUGAAAGAUUUCACAUUGAAGAUUACAAUUUAAUUUCCUCCGCUGAUGCUUGUUCCACAAAUUUAGUUUUAUUUCCCAAGUAUUGUGGAAGUUCUCGUUUUCAAAGUAAGGAAGCGGUUGAAUUGGUAAAUAAGGGAAAGAAGAUUAUAUUUUUAGUGUAUCGAUAUGGAAAUAAGAAUGAUGAAUUGCAGUUGGGAUCUGAAUUUUCAAGUUGUGUCAAGUUUGAGUUCUUUACUAGUAGUCUGGAUAGCAUCAAGUUGGUAGAGAAUGAAAGAACAGAACGAGAGUUGCAAGGGCUCACUACGAGCGUGAUUAACAACGCCACAACUGUUGCAAAAUAA